UUAAUUUUAAUAAACCAAUUUCUCCAUUUGCCGUAAAUUUUAAACAAUUCCUAUGAUUUAAUUCAAUGAUAAAUCAUAGUUAGAUUUAAAAUGAUUGGUGCUCUCUUUGAAGCAGUCUCAGGUGUACGGGGCUGGUUCAGAUCAAAACACAAGCUAACUAUAGAUACUCCACAGGCUAGAUUACAGUCUGAAGUGACCGUCCUAUUAUUAACCUCUCUGUCUGCGCUGACUGCUUGUAAACAAUACCUGGGAGAUCCAAUACACUGUAUUUUUGAUGGAAGGAGCGGUGUAAAAAUAGAAGCAAUUGAUGCUUUCUGCUGGAUACAUUCUACAUCUCCACUAGAACCUAAUCUUAUCUCCAGACUUUCAAACCUUUCUCCCUCCCCUUCCCAUCUUACUAGACUGUGCUCAUCGCAUCAGAAUCCUCCUCUUGAUACUUCUUUCUACCAAUGGGUUCAUGUUUUUCUUAUUCUCCAGGCAAUUAUAUUUCUGGUUCCAAGUCGACUGUGGUCUGGACUUGAAGGGGGUAGGGUCAGAAGUCUUUGUUUGAUCGAGGUUCGAGAUAACUAUCAUGAAAUUGAAAGAUGGAGAGUUUCUAUCGAGGCCUUUGUGUACACCUUGCAUCAGAAUAAUUGGUAUCUUCUCAAAUAUCUGAUAGUUGAAUUAUCCCAUAUCAUCGCUCUGCUCUCAGUUAUACAUCUCACAGAUCUCUUUCUCUCAGGCAUGUUUUAUAAACUGGGGAUUGAUACUAUCGGAUAUUUCAUUAUGCCAGCAGAGCAGAGGCUUCAACUACCCUCACCUAUAUGCCAGGUGUUUCCAACUGUUACCUCUUGUCAGUUCCCAACUGGAUCUCUGACUGGAACAGUAAAUGUUGAUCAUGCGCUGUGUGUACUCAGUUUGAAUAUUGUAAAUGAUAAAAUAUUCCUGAUUGAAUGGUUUUGGUUCUUUACUCUUCUCUUCCUGGCAGUUUUUACAUUGAUCAGUAGAGUUCUUACACUCCUAGUCGCACAGAUCCGAAUUGCAUUCCUCAAGUCUACAGAUAUAAGCUAUGUUAUGGAAGAUGAGAAGGUUCUGAAGAGAGUGAUAAAAAAGUGUUGGCUAGGGGACUGGUUCCUAAUUACUCAGGUGAAACGAAAUCUUGAUGACCGGCAGUUCACCGCUUGGAUUCGUGAGGUAGAUAUCCGCCUUGGCGGAGAGGAAGGGAAUAAGGAGAGAGGGAGGCGGAGGGAUGGCGGAGAAUCAAGAAUGGCGCAUCAUCAUUGGCGGGACGGAAACGGAACUACAUUUCGAGAACGGAAAUGUUUCGCAGUAGAGGAUGCGGAAAGCAAUGAAAGAUAAAUUUUUAAUUAAAAUAAAUUGUUAAUGUUUGCAUUAUACAUUAUACAUUAGGAUUUUAGGGAAAAAACACAAAAUUAUGGCGCGAUGUUCGAAUUAUGCUUACAAUUUAUUUCACAUAUUAUGAUAUUUAUAAAUUAGUUAAUCAAAAAUAAAAAGAAAGUUUCAAACAAUAACCAAAAAGUUUAAUUUUAUUACGGUCGUUUUCAAGCCAAUUAAGAUAAAGAUAAAGAAAGAGGGUUAAUCUUGUUAAGCCAAUUGUGUUAAUAUAUACACAUUUCUAUACUCAGUACAUUUUAAUUUCUAAUUUUUACAAAAACUUUAGCCAGUUUAAAAUAUACAUCAAAAAUGUGACUUUGUAUAAUGAAUAAAUUUAUUAUGGUUGGAUGAUUAAAUAGAAGAUCUUUUUCUGCUCCAAGGUUGGUUACUUUCGAUGCUCUCGACGUCAUAUGGGGUAUUUAUCUAUCUAUCUUAGGAGACGACAUUUUCCGUACGUUGUAGCUCAUCGAGAGUAAACAACCCUAUUAUACAACCUUGAUGUGCUCCCCCCCCCCCAUUAAGUUAUUCAUGUAUCAAAAUAAAAAUGAAAUGAAUGUGUAAUAUCUCCACCUCCAGCCUGAAAUUAAAAUGUUUUGAAAUUGUUAUAAAAUAAAGAUUAAUUUAUUGAAAUAAUAUACCAUUAUUGAACCCUGUAAACCCUGUUGAUGUAAAUAAAGAUGCAUUUAAUAAACCGUUGAAAAAUA